AUGGCUCCACCUGUACUACCAAGCCCCUUUCUGCUAAAAGCAGAUACCAACAACAAGUAUUUGCGCUAUCAACUUGAUGCAGAAAGUGACCUUAAUGAGAUUGUCCAAUUUUCCGAGGACAAUGAAAACAGCAGGUUCAUAAAGUUCACUACCGAGAAGCCAAACAAUGAGGACUACGCCGACAAGAAUUACGUGCAUAUCAAAUGCUCCUACAACAGCAACUACUUGAGAAGGGUGGACCAAAACAGGCUAUUGGUCCUAGCCGCAGCUGCUGACCGAAAUGAAACCAAAGACAAUUGGGCUUGCACAUUGUUCAAGGUCGAGCCUGUCGGACCACCUGACAGCAACAACCUAAUCACGCGCUGCCGAUUACGUCACUUGCAAAGCGACCUCUUAACCAGGCCGUUCAUUGAAAACAGAUUCGAAUUGCGCCUCAACCAAAAAACACCCGAUGCCGGAGGGGUGGAUAUCUACUCAGUCUCCCAAGUCAGAUGUUGA